AUGGCUGAUCCAGUGUCCAAACGAGUAGUGAUAGAAACAAAAUUGUAUUACAAUGAAAAUGUUACAAAUUAUGUAGCGUUUCAUCCAGAAGAUGACAUACUCUUGGAUACAAAUCGAGUGGAAAUUUUGAAUAAAUAUGUCGCUACCGAAUUUGAAAUUAUUUCUCAUCCAACCGUUACUAAAGGGGCAAUGGCAUUGAAUCGUUAUCAACGUAAAAAAUAUCAUCUAAAAAAAUACCAUACUUACUCAGUACGAUUUUGCUCAGCGAAGCAACCAUCUCGUACGCUAUUCGACAUCAUUAAUGAACGCUUUGCUUUAAAGAACAAAGUUGGUGGAAUGGAACGUGUAUUUGAAGAAAUAUUUGGUGAUGUUUUGCUUCCUCGACUUUAUCCUCAAAGUUUUGUUUCCAAAGCGGAUAUUAGCAAAACACGAGGUAUUCUUCUAUAUGGACCUCCUGGUGUUGGAAAAACUUUGAUCGCUCGAACCACGUGCGAUAUAUUAAACGUGAAACCAAAGAUUAUACGUGGUCCAGAAAUCUUUACAUGUAUGUUGGGCGAAUCGGAACAGAAUAUCCGAAAUUUAUUUGAGGAUGCUCAUAAUGAUCAACAAACGUUCGGUUCGAACAGUAAAUUACACAUGAUUAUUUUUGACGAAAUUGAUGCUGUAGGUAAAAAUCGAACUCAAAAUUGUUCAGUACGGGAUACCGUACAUGAUAGCGUUACUACUCAACUUUUGGCAGAGAUUGAUGGUAUGCUUUGCCUCGACAACAUACUAAUCAUUGGCACUACAAAUCUUAUCGAAGCAAUUGAUCCAGCACUUCUUCGUCCCGGGCGCAUAGAGAAAGUUAUUAAAAUUGAAUUACCGAAUAAAACAGCACGUUCUGCUAUCUUUAAUAUUUACACAGAAUCACUCAUCCGUAAUGGAGCACUUAACGGUGAUGUUGAUAUCAACAAUAUUAUCUCACGUACCGAGGGAAUGACGGGUGCACAUAUCGAACAAAUUGUUCGAUUAGCAGUUCAUGCUGCAAUGCGACGCGACAUUUUAGAACGAGAUAAAUUCGAUAUUAGCGAAGAAGAAGGAGAACUUCUAGAAAUUUGCAACCGAGAUUUCGUCGAAGCUCUAUCAAAAGUCAGCUAUAAUUAA